CCCCGCUCGGCCGGGCCGGCACCGAACCGCAGCCCGGCGGGUUCGCUCGGGGCCCCGCGGGGCUCGCUCGGGGCCCCCCGAGGCCGCCGCCGCAGCCGCCGCGGCCGGGCAUGGUGGCGGGGCCGGCCGGAGCGGGGCGGCGGCUCCGGGCGCUGCCCUGACCGAGCUCCACCAUGAGCGUGAGGCCUCCGCAGGCCCCGGACAGGUUGAGCAGCCUCCCCCCGUCCCUCGAGGCCCCCUCGGAGCGGAGAUCGCCCGGACACCCCCGGCCAGCCCCGGACAGCGGCGACAGCGCAGGGCUGGUGCAGCGCUGCGUGAUCAUCCAGCGGGACCAGCAUGGCUUCGGCUUCACCGUCAGCGGCGACCGCGUGGUGCUGGUGCAGUCCGUGCGGCCCGGUGGGGCUGCCAUGAGGGCCGGCGUGCAGGAGGGCGACCGCAUCCUCAAGGUGAACGGCACGAUGGUGAGCAACAGCUCCCACCUGGAGGUGGUGAAGUUGAUCAAGUCCGGUGCCUACGUGGCGCUGACCCUUCUGGGGUCCCCGCCCGGAGCCGGAGCAGCGCCGGGGUCCCGGCCCGAGCCCGAGCCCGAGCCCGCGGGGGCUCCCCCGGCGCCCCCCCAGCGCAUCACCGAGCCCCGGCCCCUGCAGGACCCCGAGGUGCAGAAGCACGCGGCGCAGAUCCUGCGCAACAUGCUGCGCCAGGAGGAGGCCGAGUUCCAGCGUUUCCAGGAGCUGCUGCAGCGGCAGCCGGGGGCGGGCGCGGCGCUGGAGGAGCAGCUGGAGGGGGCGCGGCGGCGGCUGAGCCAACUGCAGCUGAAGGUGCUGCAGGAGACCAGGGGGACGGCCCCGCUGAAGGUGCUGCAGGAAACGCGGGGGACGGCCCCGGUACGGAACGGGAAUGUGCGGGAAAAUAACCGGGAAUGUGCGGGAAAAUACCGGGAAUGUGCGGGGUGGGUCCGGCUGAGCCAACUGCAGCUGAAGGUGCUGCAGGAAACGCGGGGGACGGCCCCGGUACGGAACGGGAAUGUGCGGGAAAAUACCGGGAAUGUGCGGGAAUAG